GAACCAGUCAGUCUGAUCAUGCACCCCUCCCCCAGGUAUUUUCUAGACUGCAGCCCAACGACACUUCCGGCCACUCUUCCACAGCUCUCCAGAAAGUUCCAAAGCGCAGAGCCGAGCGACUAUAAGAAGAGCCAGCCAUCUUCCUCCACCAGCCUCACCGUAACCCUUACUAAAGCUUGAAUAGUAAAAUCUCCUAGCAAGUUGUAACCAUGGUUCACGAAACCGGCUUCUACGAGUUACUGGGUGUCAACCCUGAAGCCUCGCAGGAUGAACUCAAAAAAGCCUACAGAAAACUCGCAUUGAAAUAUCAUCCCGACAAGAACCCCAAUGAAGGAGAGAAGUUCAAGCUUAUAUCUCAAGCAUAUGAAGUGCUGUCAAAUCCAGAGAAGAGAUCCUUGUAUGACCAAGGAGGAGAACAAGCAAUCAAAGAAGGAGGCAUGGGAGGAGGAACUUCACCAAUGGACAUGUUCAACAUGUUCUUUGGAGGUGGAGGGAGGAUGCAGAGAGAGAGAAGAGGGAAGAAUGUCGUCCACCAACUUAGUGUAACACUGGAUGAGAUGUACAAUGGCAGUACAAGGAAGCUCGGACUUCAAAAGAACAUCAUUUGUGACUCAUGUGAAGGCUAUGGUGGGAAGAAAGGUGCAAUGGAAAAGUGCUCCAUUUGCAAAGGAAGAGGUGUUCAAAUCAAGGUGCAACAGAUUGGGCCUGGCAUGAUCCAGCAGAUCCAGAGUGUGUGUGCAGACUGCCAGGGACAGGGAGAGAAAUUUAGCUCCAAGGACCGCUGUAAGAGCUGCAAUGGACGCAAAGUAGAACGCAAGAAGAAAGUUCUUGAGGUUCACAUUGACAAAGGUAUGAGGGACGGUCAGAAAAUAACAUUCACUGGAGAAGGGGACCAGGAACCUGGACUGGAGCCAGGGGAUGUAAUCAUCGUUCUGGAUCAGAAGGAUCACCCCUUGUUCCAGAGGAAAGACGAAGAUUUGAUAAUGAAGAUGGAUAUCAAACUAUCUGAGGCUCUGUGUGGUUUCAAGAAGACUAUUCAAACAUUAGACGACAGAACGCUCGUCAUCAGCGCACUACCAGGUGAAGUAAUCAAGCAUAAUGACAUCAGAUGUGUUCAGAAUGAGGGCAUGCCAAUUUACAAGGAGCCGUAUGAAAAAGGGCAGCUUAUCAUUAAGUUCCAGGUUGCAUUUCCAGAGAAAGGCUGGCUUCCAGAGCAUCUCAUGUUCCAGCUGGAAAGACUGCUUCCUCCCAGAGAGGAUGUGAUGAUUACUGAUGACAUGGAGGAGGUGGAACUCAGUGAGCCGGAUGUGUCGUCACAGAGAAGGGCCAGUAGGGAAGCGUAUGAGGAAGACGAAGAGGGUCCCAGAAACGGAAACGGGGUGCAAUGUCAGACGCAGUAGUUGUAAAAAAAUAAUUAAAAACGUCGUAGAGCAUGUGGAUUUUUUUUUUUUGUGUGAAAAUGCCUUUUCUUUUUUAAGUCCUGUUUUCACAAAAAAACAUUGAUGAAAAGAAGUAACAUUAGGUUUAAAACAGUUGCCAAUGCCAUUUUUGUAUGACUAAAGGGACACAAAUAUGCAAGUGGGGUACUCCUUUCACGUUUUGUUUGUGCUCCCUAAGUUAUCAAAACGGUAUUUUGGUGUCAGUGUCUUGUAUGUUCUCUAUUUAAGAUCUGUGUUUUAUACCCAUAUGUUUCCAAUGAAAUCUAUGGUACAUAUGUUUUCUUUUCAAAAGCUGAAAAGACUACUUGUAUGCUUUCUAUGAAGGUAAUUUCAGUCUUGACAAACAUCAUUUUUUUUUUCUCAAUAAAAGUCCCAGAAUGCUUUAA